GGUGAAACAGAGCUGGUACCAAGAUGAAUGUUUUAUUCCAUUCACCGUUAAUAUUCAUUUAUACGAUAUUAUGCCUUGGACAUUUUGCAUACUCUAAUACAGGUGAGUCUGAACCACUGGUAUGUGAAGAUAACCAGUUCAAAUGUAUGAGACGAUGUAUCCCGGAAAGCUGGAGAUGUGAUGGAGACUAUGAUUGUAUCGACGAAGAUGACAAAUCAGACGAAGAAAAUUGUCCUUCCAAGACAUGUCCAGAAGAUGAAUUUACAUGUAGAUCUGGUCACUGUGUGCCAAGGAGGUGGACUUGUGACCACGAAACAGAUUGUCUGGAUGGAUCUGAUGAAACUGACAUUUGCAAAAAUAAAACGUGUGCUAAAGACCAGUUUAGUUGUGGAAAUGGAGAGUGUAUCCCAGCUAGCUGGCGUUGUGAUGGUUCUCCAGACUGUUCUAAUGGUGAGGAUGAGACUUGUGAUUCUCCUACCUGUGCUAGCGAUGAAUUCAGAUGUAACAACUCUAAGUGUGUAAACAACAAAUGGAAGUGUGAUGGAGAUGAUGACUGCGGUGACAACAGCGAUGAAAAACUAUGUCCUGCUGUUAAUUGCACUGCUGACGAGUUCCAGUGUUCAGACAAGCAGUGUAUUGACAAGCUGUGGCAGUGUGACGGCGAUCCUGAUUGUAAUGACCAAAGCGAUGAAACAAAUUGCACAACCAAUGUAUCUAUUUGUUCAGAGGACACCGAAUGGGAGUGCCACACUGGUGAACAAUGCAUUCACGAGUCAUGGAAAUGUGAUGGGGACGAGGACUGUUUAGAUGGAUCAGAUGAAUUACAAUGCAAUACCACAUGCAGACCAGAUCAAUUUAAAUGCAACAACAGUGACUGCAUCUAUCACACUCUCAAGUGUGAUGGCUCUGUGGAUUGUGUGGAUGGAUCUGAUGAAGCUGGUUGUCCUCCUCCAGUAAGUCACUGUCCUGCUGACAGAUUUGACUGCUACAAAAACGGGUCCUUAUGUAUUGAGGCCAGCAAACUCUGUGACAGCAGAAAAGAUUGUGAAAACUUUGCUGACGAAGACAACACACUUUGUGAAACAAACCCAUGUAAUUUGAACAACGGUGGUUGUAUGCACACAUGCAUCCCUAUUGGCACACAACACCGGCGCUGUGAGUGUUUGGAUGGUUACCGAUUACAGGGCAACACUUCCUGUGUAGAUGUGAACGAAUGUGACCAGUGGCCCCCAGUUUGCUCACAGAAGUGUGUUAAUGAGCCAAAAGGGUCAUACAAAUGUGAAUGUAUGCCUGGAUAUUACCCAGAAUUACUCUCUGAUGGCCAGCAUAUUUGCAAAGUUGUUGGUGAGAGACCAUGGUUGUUGUUUGCCAAUAGACAUGACAUUAGAAAACUUGAGGUAGACACCAUGAUUCUACAGCCAGUCGUUAGUGACCUUCACAGUGCUGUGGCUGUUGAUUAUGAUUAUUACAACAAAGUAGUUUACUGGUCUGAUAAUGUGGAAGAGAAAAUAAUGAAAGCAAACAUGUCUGAAAAGGGGGAGACAAAUGGUACAGGCAUACCUGUGAUAAGCCGGGGUGUCAAGACUCCUGAUGGAAUUGCUGUGGACUGGAUCUAUCAUAAUCUGUAUUGGACUGACACUGGAUAUAAUACCAUUGAAGUUGCCUCUGUAGAUGGAUCCAUUAGGAAGAUCCUUGUAGACAAAGACUUAGAUGAACCUAGGUCAAUUGCUCUGGAUCCAGAAAAUGGAUGGAUGUAUUUCUCUGACUGGGGAAGAACUCCUAAGAUUGAACGCAUUGGAAUGGAUGGAAAUCCUACCAGCAGAAGUGUUAUUGUGCGGACAGAUAUUGAAUGGCCAAAUGGUUUAACAUUGGAUUAUGCUAGUGAAAGAUUAUACUGGAUUGAUGCUAAACUGAAAAGUAUAUUUACUGCCAAGUUAGAUGGUUCAGAUAUUCGAAGAGUCCUGCACAAUGCUGAACAAAUCCUUCACCCAUUCUCCUUAACUGUUUUUGAGGAUAAUGUGUACUGGACAGAUUGGUCAUCUGAAGCCAUCCGUAAAGUUCACAAAUACACAGGCCAAGAAUAUACACAACUUGCCCUUGGUUUGAGAGCUCCUAUGGACAUUAAAGUCUAUCACCAACAAAAGCAAGUGCACAGUCCCAAUAAAUGUGGAUUUGAAAAUGGUGGUUGUUCCCAUCUGUGUCUACCAAUCCCAGUCUCUCUGAAUAAGCAGGGAUAUGCAUGUGCUUGUCCAGAUAACAUGGUACUCCAGAGUGGGAAACAAUGUGAAGUCAGUGCACAGAAAACAACUACAAGUCCAUUACCAACUCCUCCAUCUAAGACAGACUCCCCUAAUAAUACAAACAGAAAUUCUUCUAGUUCUCAUGGAGUACCCGCGGUAUCAACUACAGUUCCACCUUCUGUACCAACCAAGGCCACAGACAAGCCUAAAGCUACGACUUCAAAACCUGUAGUAACAUCCAAAGGUCCAGGUCACAUUCCAAUCAGCACUGAAACUCCAUAUGAGAUUGUGACGCCAAAGAAAAAUAAUGAAACAGUUGUUAAAAAAUCCACCGAGAGCCCAGUAGGAACCGUGGCUGUAAUAGCUAUUGCAGUGGUUCUUGGAAUUGCUGUUUUGGUUGUUAUUAUUGGUUGUUUCAUUUACCGGAAGUACACAAAGAGGAACAUAAAAAGUAUGAAUUUUGAUAAUCCAGUCUAUAGGAAAACAACAGAAGAAAGUGUACGUAUACAAAGAGACUCUGCAUUGGAGCCUUUAAAUGCUGAUACCAUGGAAGUCUGAUGUUCAGGAAAUUACUAGUGACAUUCCAUUUUAGUUCAUAACUUUAUCCAGUGCAUUAUGUCAGGAAGGACAUUAUUGAUUUUAAAAUAUUGACGCUUAGAACAUGGAGAGCUAGUAGCUAGGCGUAACAAAGGAGUUGUAUCACAGCCAUUUUACAAGAGGAGUAUACAUUCCAAUAAAAUCUCCUGUCCAAUGAUACAACCAGACUGAGCUGGCCAGGUCUCUACCACUGCCAAGUGUGGGAACAGCUGAUACAUCGGAGGGACUGAUUCUCACAGCCCUUCUUCCUCCCGCCUCCCUUUUCAUUUCCCCAUCAAAAAGAAUACUCUACAAUGAUCUGAUUGUUACAAUCUCGGUGCUCUUGUGAAAUAUUUACUAUCUGAGGUUUAGGUUCAUCUCUUUUAUAUAUUCAGGACACUUAUUUUGCAUCAUAGCAGCUUUGGAAAUGUUUCUCCAAUUUUUCACAAGAACAAAGAAUCUGCAUUUAUGCUGAAAUUGAAAUUCUUUAUAUUCUUUUAUUAUUAUUAUUUAUUUAAGUAUCUAAUGUUUGAAUGUGGGAAUGUUUGUGAUGUCAGAAUAAAAUAAGUUAAGAAUGUUGUGAAAGACUUGCAAGAGAUGUAAACUGAGAAAGAUUUGUUAAUGCUUCUGUUUUAUUUGUUAUUUAUUUUGAUUGUUAUAUAUGUUAAUAUUGUGCUUAUAAAUGGGAGAAUUUAGUUAGAUUUUUGUGCAAGGUAGAAACUGCAUGUUGUAGAACGUAAUUCUAUUUAGAAGAAUGUAGAAGGGGAUUGUUAGAAGAAAAUUCACCCACCAACAAUCCAGGGUUCCUCAAAGGGACUGGUUUCAUGUGUGAAUGGAGCACUAGGUAUCAUUUUUCACUACUCAUUGUAUGGAACUAAGGAGAUGCAAGAUUCAUGUGUAUUUAUUGAAGUUAGUUUCAAGAGGAAUAGUUUCAAGUGUCCUGGGAUGUAUUAAUAUAUUUAAAGUUGGUAAUAUUUUAAUGAAUUAGCAUAUUGUCAAAUGAAUUUUACAUUACUUAUGUAAUAUACUGUAUGUUGAAUCCAACAUGGAAAUAUUUCAUUUGAUAUUAACUUGUAAGCAUAAUAAUUAGAGGUGUUCUUAACUAUAUAGCAUACAUAAUAAUUGUAUAAUGAAGUAUCAUCUAGUCCCAUUUCUGAAAAAAGGACAACCCAGGGCACAAUAGUUUGUGUAAUGUAGUAUAUUGUGAUAUAUUACUGUGCUAAAUAAUGGAGAGUGCUCAGUAGCUAGGGCUCUGCCUAGUGAUAAAUUGCGUACCUGUUUUGUAUAGUUGUAUAAAGUGUAAAUAUGAAUAUGUUGAGCUUUACCCAUAGUCUUCACAUUGCCAAGAUUUAUAUCGGUUCUAUUCAAGCAAGCAUAUCCAUACCUGUAGUCAACAAGUAUUUUUUUUUAUUUGUAAAAAAGAUCAUAUAACAACAUGUCCGAUUUCUUGACUCAAUUAGUGUCUAACUAUCUACAUCCAGCUUUGAAAUUAUUCAGGUGUAUAUCGAGAGAAUUUUUCCAUGCUUGAGCGAGUAUACCACUUUUGUAAGCUGUCAAAUUGGUGAGAACACCUUCUUUUUUUUUUUUUUGGCAAAUAAACAUGUACAUGUGUGGUCCUAUUUACAUGUUUCUUUCCAUUUUUAACCAUAGUAUUCAGUUAAAUUUGGCAUUUUUGGGGUAUAUUGAUUUUUGAAAUUUCGGAGAAUUUGAAUUUAGUUAAUACUUCCACUCAUGAAAAUUUAUUCCUGAUGUGUCACCAUUCCAUUCCAAUAGGUUCAAGUUGUUUUAAUAUUUACUGAGACUAUGUUGACUAGUAGGUAAAUCAUGUUUAAAAUGUCAAUUUUGAUAUUUGUGCCAAAAAAUAGGUUAAUUUGUGUGCAUGUAAAGUGUUGUUUGUCAAUCUUGCUUGGUCGUUCUAGGGGUGAAUGAUUCAUGUUGUUCCUUUUUUUUUUGUCAGACAGGCACGAAGUGCUUUUUUUUAAAAUAAAAUGUUUUAAAACUGAAA